CGCGGAAGCGAGUCCCCAAAUUAGCAUGACAGACAACAAGAGCAGUUUGCCGCCUUCGUUCGCGUUGCUUGAAAUGUCGUUUUCGGCGUCAUGGUAGUCGUCUUUCUCAUCCACACCGUGUGCCCGAUCGGGGCGCUCGCUCCCGGGGAGAGCCGGGUGCUCUACUCUCGCGUUUUCGGACCGGACGAGACGCUCUUCUUCCAGGGCGGGAAGCGUCAGCUCAACGCUGAGGAGAGGCGACUGUUGUCGGCCGAGAAGCUCGCCGUGGUGGCCCGGCAGGUCCAGAGCGCCGUCUCGCUCCGCCGAGAGGCCUCAGGGCGCCCGCCGAUGGAGGCUUUGCCCGGCGAGGAGACCCUGGCCCUGCAGGAGGCCGACAGCGGCGUCCUGAGGCUGCGCUGCGGCGACCCCUACUGGCAGGAGGUCAGCGCGCUCUGGUUGGCCGUCAACUCUUUGUCCUUUGUGAUGCUGUGUGAGCCCCACGAGAACUUGCUGCUGGCCGAGGGAACGCUCCGGAACCUCGCCAGGCACUGCCUGGAGCACCUGCACAUGCUGGGACAGGGCAGCGAGGUGCUGUUGAAGAGCAGCCGGGUGGAUGUCCUACUGAGUCGGCUUCUUCCUCACGGCCAGCUCGUCUUCCUCAACCAUCGCUUCGCUCAAAGUCUGGAGAAGGACGUGGCCGCCUACAUGAACAAGUGACCUCCAGUGGACAGAUGUUGGACGUCUUUGUUUCUGAAACGGAAUUGUCUUUAUUCUCCACGGUGUUAUGAAGAGAAAUUCUGUGACUAUUCUAA